CGGGGCGCCAGGGCAGGGGCGGGAGGGCGCCAUGGCGGCAGCUGUGGCGGCGGCGUCCGGUCCCCGCGCCGCGGCGAGGUGAGGGGCCGCCUCUUCUCUGCGGCUGAGGAGAACACAGCUGCCCGCCUGCCUUCCACGCGGGCCGCGGCUCCGGCAUGGCCGGGCUCAUUAAGAAGCAGAUCCUGAAGCACCUGUCCCGGUUCACUAAGAAUCUUUCCCCGGACAAAAUCAAUUUGAGCACCCUGAAAGGGGAGGGUCAGCUGACCAACCUGGAGCUGGAUGAAGAGGUUCUACAGAAUGUGCUGGAGCUUCCCACCUGGUUAGCCAUCACUCGGGUCUACUGCAACAGGGCCUCAAUCCGGAUCCAGUGGACAAAGUUGAAGACACACCCAAUUUGCUUGUGUCUGGAUAAGGUAGAGGUGGAGAUGAAGACAUGUGAAGAGCCUCGGUCCCCCAAUGGACAGUCUCCUAUUGCCCUCGCUUCAGGGCAGAGUGAGUAUGGCUUUGCCGAGAAGGUGGUGGAGGGGAUGUUCAUCGUCGUCAGUUCCAUCACCAUCAAGAUUCACUCCAAGGCCUUCCACGCUUCUUUUGAAUUGUGGCAGCUCCAGGGCUAUAGUGUGAACCCCAACUGGCAGCAGAGUGACCUCCGCCUCACCCGUAUCACUGACCCCCGCCGAGGAGAGGUUUUAACAUUUAAGGAAAUAACUUGGCAAACACUUCGAAUUGAGGCAGAUGCUACAGACAAUGGUGAUCAGGACCCAGUCACCACUCCACUGAGGCUUAUUACCAACCAAGGCAGGAUCCAAAUAGCCCUCAAGAGAAGAACCAAAGAUUGCAAUGUGAUAGCCUCCAAGCUGAUGUUCCUGUUGGAUGACCUGCUCUGGGUGCUAACUGACUCACAACUCAAGGCUAUGAUGAAAUAUGCAGAAUCACUGAGUGAGGCCAUGGAGAAGUCAGCCCAGCAGAGAAAGAGCCUGGCCCCUGAACCUGUACAGAUCACCCCACCUGCUCCCAGUGCCCAGCAGUCCUGGGCCCAGGCAUUCGGUGGCAGCCAGGGCAGCAGCAACAGCAGCAGCAGCCGCCUCAGCCAGUACUUUGAGAAAUUUGAUGUGAAAGAGUCCUCCUACCAUCUGCUCAUCUCCCGCCUGGACCUGCACAUUUGUGAUGAUAGCCAGUCCCGAGAGCCAGGUGUCUCUGCAAACAGACUCAUGGGUGGUGCAAUGCAGCUUACCUUUCGCAAGAUGGCAUUUGACUAUUACCCCUUCCACUGGGCAGGCGAUAGCUGCAAACAUUGGGUACGUCACUGUGAGGCCAUGGAGACCCGAGGCCAGUGGGCCCAGAAGCUGGUGAUGGAAUUUCAGAGUAAAAUGGAGAAGUGGCACGAGGAGACAGGUCUGAAACCACCCUGGCACCUGAGGGUAGACUCUCUCUUCCGGAGGAAAGCAGAUUCUCUCUCCAGUCCUCAAAAGAACCCCCUUGAGAGAAGCCCCUCUCAGGGCCGACAGGCUGUCUUUCGGCCUCCAGCAUGGAAUCGCCUACGCUCUAGCUGCUUGGUAAUACGGGUGGAUGACUUGGACGUCCACCAGGUUUCUACAGCUGGACAGCCAAGUAAGAAGCCAUCGGCACUCCUUUCCUGCAGUCGGAAACUUCACAACCUCCCCACUCAGGUCUCUGCCAUUCAUAUUGAGUUCACAGAGUAUUACUUCCCCGAUAAUCAGGAGCUGCCAGUUCCCUGUCCCAAUCUUUACAUUCAGUUAAAUGGUCUGACAUUUACUAUGGAUCCUGUCAGCUUGCUCUGGGGAAACCUCUUCUGCCUGGAUUUAUACCGCAGCUUGGAGCAGUUCAAAGCUAUCUACAAACUGGAAGAUUCAAGCCAGAAAGAUGAACACUUGGACAUCCGACUGGAUGCCUUCUGGUUGAAGGUGAGCUUCCCGCUGGAGAAGAGAGAGCGGGCUGGGCUGCACCGUCCCCAGGCCCUUGUCUUCUCUGCAUCAGGCGUGACUGCCACCAAUACACGUCACGCCCCACAUUGUAGCUGUCCAGACCUUCAGAGUCUCUUCCGGGGUUUUGCUGCUGCUGAGUUCUUUCAUUCCAAUUAUGUUCAGUUUCCCAAGGUGCCAGGCGGCUUUAGCCUUCUGCACAUGCUGUUUUUGCAUCACGCCUUCCAGGUGGAUUCCCGAUUCCCUCAAUCUAGUGCCCUCCCUCCCCAGAGGCUUAAGGCUUCCCAGGAUCUCUGGUCCAUCCACUUCACCCAGAUCUCCUUGGACUUUGAGGGAACAGAGAACUUCAAAGGCCAUUCCUUGAAUUUUGUGGCCCCCUUCCCCUUGUCGAUUUGGGCCUGCCUACCCCUCCGCUGGCAGCAAGCCCAGGCACGAAAGCUCCUUAUGGCCACAGAAGGGAGGCUGAAAGCAUCCGCCAGCUUUGGCAGUCCUGUCCAUUCUGAGGCCCUUGCCCCUGACACUGUGUCCCAUCAGAGGUCAAAGACUGAGCAUGAUUUGAAAAGCCUAUCAGGCCUUACAGAAGUCAUGGAAAUUCUGAAAGAAGGCAGCAGUAGUGUGGAUAACAAAGGGCCUCUGACAGAGCUGGAGGACGCGGCAGAUGUACAUGUGCUCAUACACUCGCCUGAGCAUGUCCGAGUGAGGCUUGACCACUACCAGUACUUGGCUCUCCUCCGCCUGAAGGAGGUGCUCCAGGGUCUUCAGGAGCAGCUUACUAAGGAUACCGAGGCCAUGACUGGGUCUCCUCUGCAGGACCAGACAGCUUGCAUUGGCGUCCUCUUCCCCAGUGCUGAGGUGGCUCUGCUCAUGCAUCCUGUCCCUGGCGCUGUCGAAGCUGACUCUGAGGGUUCAGAUACUACGAGCCUUGUAGAUUCAGAGCUGUCUCCUUCAGAGGAUAGGGAGCUGAAGUCUGAUGCCUCCUCAGAACAGGGCCCAGCAAGCCCCAGGAAGGUUCUGGAGGACACUGACGUUGAAAAUCUGGAUGCAUCCCAGGAUAGGCCACUGCCUCUCCAUAGCAAUGGAGAAGUGCAGGACUCAGAUUCUCUUGCACAGCAGGAGGCAGGGAAGGGCCAUGAGGCAGUUGAUUCCUUACAGGACAAGGGACUGAGCAGCGCCCAGGCACCUAGCUCACCAGCUGAGUUGAAGCCCCCAGGGGGCAAGGAUACUGCUGUGAAUGGACAGGGCGAGCUCAUCCCCUUGAAGAACAUUGAGGGAGAAUUAUCAAGUGCUAUUCACAUGACCAAGGAUGCCACAAAGGAGGCUCUACAUGCCACCAUGGACCUCACCAAGGAAGCUAUGUCUCUGACUAAGGAUGCCUUCAGUCUGGGCAGAGACCGAAUGACCUCCACCAUGCACAAGAUGCUGUCUCUGCCCCCAGCCAAGGAGCCCAUGGCCAAGAUAGAUGAGGGGGUGGCAGCCCCUGUAGGUGGAGGAGCUGCCCGACUCCGAUUUUUCUCCAUGAAGAGGACAGUAUCUCAGCAGUCAUUUGAUGGUGUCUCAUUGGAUAACAGUGGCCCUGAAGACCGGAUUUCAGUGGACAGUGAUGGCAGUGAGAGCUUUGUGAUGCUCUUGGAGUCUGAGUCUGGUCGAGAAUCUCUUCCGCCAGGAUCUCUUCCCAAUGUCUUAGACAGUGCUGGUGUUCAAGGGAGCCCUGUUGCAGAUAGUUAUGGCCAGGGGUCACCAGAGGCCAAGAGUUCAGCCUCACCCAGUGGGGAAGACCUUCAUCUUCACCUGGUCUCAGUUCUGGUCCUGAAGGUGAAUGAGGUGUCCUUGGGGAUUGAGGUACGUGGUGAGGACCUGACUGUGGCCCUGCAAGCAGAGGAGCUGACCCUCCAGCAGCUAGGGACCGUGGGACUCUGGCAGUUCCUGCAUGGACAGUGCCCAGGCAAAAGCUUUCAGGAAGCCUCAACUUUGAAGACUGGCCACAUCAGGCCAGCUGUAGGCCUUCGCUUUGAGGUGGGGCCUGGUGCAGCUGUUCAUUCCCCUCUGGCCACACAGAAUGGCUUCCUACGUUUCUUGCUUCAGGGCUGUGACCUUGAGCUGCUCACUUCGGUGCUCAGUGGCCUGGGGCCCUUCUUGGAGGAUGAGGAGAUCCCACUGGUAGUUCCCAUGCAGAUUGAGCUCCUGAACUCCAGGAUCACUCUAAAGGACGAUAUCCCCCCCAUCUAUCCGACCUCUCCAGGCCCCAUCCCCAUCACUCUAGCCGUGGAGCACGUUGUGCUGAAGCGGAGUGACGACGGUGUGUUCCACAUAGGCGCUGCUGCUCAGGACAGACCAUCAGCCGAAGUACUUAAAAGUGAGAAGAGGCAGCCCCCAAAAGAACAGGUGUUUCCUGUGCCCACAGGGGAGGCUUUUGGUCCACAGGUACAAGAACUGCCUACCCUACAAAAGGAACUUAUAGAAACUAAACAAGCAUUGGCUCAUGCCAACCAGGAUAAAGAGAAACUUCUUCAGGAGAUUAGGAAAUAUAACCCCCUCUUUGAGCUCUGACAGCAGUGGCUCAGCCAUCUGUGCCAAGGAGAGAGGAGGAGAUCACCAGCAAUCGCACCACCUGCGACAGGCACCAUCCAGGGUUGGACAAGUCAGCUAAGGAUGCUCAACUCACUCCUCGUGGUGUCCUUUCUACUAGCAGUUCUGACUUGGAUGGAAGACAGGGCAAAGUAUUACCACGUUCCAGGAAGUUGGGGGCAGCUUUGUGUGUGGCUCAGGCAUCACGUAUUUCCUGUAUAAAGCCUUUUGGCCCUCUGCACACUAGGUGGAAUCUCCUCAACACUGUAGGGUCAUUUCACCGUCUGGUUUCAUAGCAGAGACAUUUGCUUGCUCCACCUGUGUGAUCAAGGCAGAGUACCCAUCUCCUCAGUUGGUCACCCACAGAGCCAUCAAAGAUUCUAUGUUCCAGAGCUUCCUGUAGUCGACCUGAGAAGUCCUUGGCCUGAGCUUCGGCCACGGUAGUAGAGUGGAACAGGAAAUAGCCAGCAAGGUGGGAGCCUGGGGAGGCACAAGAAUAAACGAGACAUGGAUUCUGCCUUGUUUGGAAAGGAAACCAAGCUCAUGUCAUCUUGGCUCAUAUUACAAUCAGAUUUUUCAGGGUUAAGCUUUCUUUCUGUGAUGCUUUCAUCUCUGUGAUGCUGUGGUAGGAAGUAAACAACAGUAGCAGCUCACUUGUAUCAUCUUUCCCUUCUAUAAUGCAAUUUGUUUGAAAUUUAAGAAGAAACUAUUCACCCUGAGCUAGGUUGAAGGCAUGACAUGGUGAGGAUCUGUAGGGGAGCUUGGUUCUGCGCCGCUGUUGCUGGCUGUGUCCUGUCUCUCUUCCACAGCUGCACCUCACAGGUUAUUUCCUGUCUCCCCGGGGUCCCUGGCGCAUCUGCUUUCCCAGCACUAUGACUUUCUACCAGCACUCUCAUUAGCACUUGGUUGUUUGGGAGCGAAAAAUGUGUUUUAAACUGUAACAUUAACAUCUCAGCCUGUUUCCUCUCACCCCCCUCUAUCGCUGUGGCUUUUUAAAAUCAUGUUAGUUUGACUUAAGUAAAAGACAAAGCAAAACAAAACCCUUCAACCUAGCUAGGUUUUGCCCCUGCCUGAUGAAAGAGCUAUUUCCCCCUUUCUCUUUACUACCAAAUUCUUUACCAACACUCCAUCUUCAUCCAUACUGCUCUGUGAUAUACUUCAAGCUGUGUUGGACAGAAGUUCAUCAGCUAACUCACCUUGAAUUGGCAAGAUGGCAAAAUAGUGAUUUAGUAGUGUCACUAAAGUCUUAGUCACACAUGACCUACUGAAGGAAAGAUAAAAUGGUUUCCUUUAUGGGAAAUCAUGCCUGACUUGUAUAUUCUAGUUUUUUGAGGAUAAAAAGAAAAAUGUGUUCAAGAAGGAACAAGAUCUAAUUUGCUCAGACUUUUACAGACUUUUUGUUGUGGUUCGUCACUAAGGUAAUCUUAAAAACAACAAUUACUAUGAGAUUAUGGGAAUGUUCUGUCAUGCUUAGGAAACAACGUAGAGACUUAAAAAUAAAUACCUUUCUAGAGAGAAUGUUAACAGGGUAAUUUCCCUAUGGGUUGAUGCUUGGUUUAACCUUAUCUAAGAAUUUUAUAAAUAACCUGAAAGGGGGAUAUUACAGUGCAAUCAAAUGUCACUGCUUCCAGGCAGUGAAAGAUAAAUCAGAAGAAAUUGAAAAAAAAGAAGUGAAAUUGCAGAAGAUUCACAGACUGGGCUGUGAAUACUCAGGAAAGUGGCAGGUGAGGUUCUGUGUAAGUGUGAAGUAAUGCACUUAUGGGAGAAUCAGCAACCAGCGAGGCAGUGAGCUCUGUUAGAACUCAGGAAAGAAACCUAAGCAUUGCUGAGAGGGAGGAGGGGUCAGUGUGCUGCUGUGGCCAAAAGUCCGACUGCGUCAUCAGGAAGGGCACGUGGAGCCAACACAGAAAACAGCACCUCAUGCAAGGCCAUGGUAAUGUCUUAAAUUAUCUGUGCACUUCUAGUGACCUUAUUUACAAAGUAUAUGGUGAAGAGGGUAAAGGUCCAGAGAACAGCAAAAAUUAUCAGGUGGUGGAGGUACUUCCACAUGUGGACACAUCUUUAAAAUGUUGGCCCCAGUUCUGGAAAGAUGAAAGCUGAGGGUAGUGUUAGAUCAGAUAUUCAGUCAAGAGCAGGGACAUGUUCUUCAGGUCCCAAAAUACUAGCUCUAGGGCCGUACCUAUUAGCCUUAGGUAAAAGAAAGCACUUCUCGUAGCAAAUCAGAAACUUCUAGAGGUCAUUGUUCAAGAAGUGGUGCUGGCAGAAACUGUAUGGGUACAGAAGGUUUAAGAGGAAUCCUUGCAUGAUGGUUUUCCAAGAGGAAUUAUGGAAAACUAGGGCUAUUUGGUGAUAUACAACAGAGAGGGUAACUGCAUCCCUCCACAGACUCCCCCUUAAGUGCCUCUUUCAAAGGCAGAACGAUGAACAAAAAGAAUCACUGCUCCUCUCAAGUAUGGCAUUUCUAAUGUGUUUAAAGGGGGAGGAGGGAGAGCCAGUAGCCAGAAAAUAGAAUUAUUCAACCUUAGGUUCACCUGAAUUGGUAUAAAAUCACAUUCUGAUUCUCUUCCUUUCCCCUCCUUUUCUACCCACUGUGUCCCUCCAUGCAGAGAAUUGCUUGGUACACCCUCACUUUAAGCUUGUGCUUGGUGGGAGGCAAUAGAAACAAAUCUGGCAAGCACUGAGGCUCACCCCUUUAAUGAGCAGAGCUCAGUCAGGUUUUCUGGGCUCUCUGGCGCUCCUGUCCAUGUGACAAAUGGAGCCCUAGAAUUUGAAUUUCCUUAUGUGACAGCUUUGGGCAUUGUGUCUUGAAGUUCUUGCCUCAGGAAAUGUGGUUGGGGUCAAUGUCCCAUGGAAUUUUAGUAAAAAUCAUCUUGUAUAACUUCAUACUCCUAUUCAUUGGGGGAAGAAUGACUUUCAUAAUGAAGAAAUGUGACCUUGUUGGUAGUCCUCAGGAUAAAUGUAAAGGAAAAAGGCAGAAGGAAAACAUAGUAGUAUCAGCUCCUUUGGACUGCUUACAAUUUCUGCCUUGAAGCUCUAAGACUCUGUGAACAAGAAAUAACAAUACCUCAAGAAAAUGUCUGGAGUGAUAGCACUGCUCCCCCUCAAAAGGCUUCAGCCACCGCACAUCACCAUUUCAGCUGUGAAGCAUUUACACCUAUGUAUCAUCUGUGAUUGUCUAGAGUUCCUGUUUACACAGAUACACUAGAGAUGAGCUUUAGUGCAUAUGGACUGGUUUAAAUCUCUCUUAGCUGAGCUGCAGGGACGGUUAUCCAUCUCAAAUUCUGUUUUCAACUCACUGGAAUAAUUAACCUAGUUUAUUAGACUUAGGACAGAAGGAGUAGGUUCUAUUCUCGUGAUGGCUGCUUUUUGCUGUGUAUUUAAUCUGACCCUCAUUUUGCCACAGGCCUCAACCUUCACGUACCCUUUUUCAUGGUUCUGAAAGGAAUGGUUCCUGUCUAUGGAAUAUACAAGGGAUAAGCCACCCCUCACAUACCCCAUAACAUAAAUGCUUCCAUUUAGCCCAUUUACAUCAGUUUCCCCACAGGCUAGUUCAGUCGGUAGUAGAAAGAAGAGAUAGUUUGAACAUAGUGAUAUGGGAAGUUUCCAUUCCAAACCUUUAAACUAAGGGUUUGUGUUUUUUUUCUCUCCCCUAGUUAAUACUUGCCUAAACUUGCAAAAACAGUUACAGUAAUAUCACAAAACUAUGGAAACAACAUUGCUACACAAGCUAGUAGGAUGGUUAUUUGAGAACUGCAAGAGCUGUGUCAUUGCCUUGUGAUUUACCAUAGUAAUUACUGUUUCAAGAGAUUCUGGUGUGAUGUCCUAUCCUUUCAGGGACUAUGGCCUUCCCCAGGAUCUUCCCCCACCUUCUGCUAGAAUAGGAAUAUUCCCACUCACCUCUGGGUAGGUAUGGAUAGUAGCUGUUGUUGAAUGGGGAUUAUUUUCUCCCUCUCUUACAACAGAUACAAGGGGAAACACUCUCAGAUAACCUUAAACUGUGAGGCUUUGCUAAGUGGCUAGACUUGGGAUGUGAACUUCCUUCUUUAUUAUCUGUAAAUUUCAGCCAUAUCCAGUAUCUCAAAUUGCAAUAGGUAUAGUUCUUAUAACCACUUAAAAAGCUCCCUCUGAGAGUUAAGAGAUCUGUUUUUGUUUCUCCCUUCAAUAUAUUAGUUUUUGGUCAAGAUUUAGCCUGAGUCUUACAGCAUUUCUUUGUGGAAUACACUACUGAAGUGUCUUCUCCAUUGGCUAACUACACGUUUAAAGCCAUGAGUUUUAACGUAAGAUACUAAAAUCCAUAUUUGCCCAACUUUGUGUGUCCAAGCUGUUUCCCCCACUCAGGGUGCUAAACAGAAUUGGAAUCUUUACUAAGACAUGCUCAGGAAAGCUUCAAAAGAGAACAGCUUCAAAACCCCUCUCCUUAUGACACCAAAUGAUUGAGAGGAAAGAAUUCUUGGAGAUUGCCAAUUAUAUUACAGUAGCCUUAUUACUGCUAAUCACUGUCAAUAAAAGGUCACUCCAUUCCCCUCUACGUGAGGAAAACAAUGAGAAUGUAUCCAAUGAACUGGAAUAUUGGUCAGUAUUGGGAAAUAUUAAUGUUGCAGUACCUAAUCAAACCUUGAGUGUACUGGUUCUGUGAACCACUUGAAAAAAGCAAAUUAAACUUAUUAAACAGUAUUGGUUCUGGUAUAUCUGUUUAUAGCAAUUGAAACAUACGGGUUUUUACAUUGUUUUUAAGUACUUUAAGUACUCUUUUAUGAGAUAAAAUUUUAUUGGUUCUGGUAGGAAAUGGGGAGGGCUCAAAUUUUCACAAAAAAGCCAAGACCAGUUUUAUUCUGACACCAAAAAAGAACGAUGAACUUCUCCCCACCAUUCCAACCUGCUAGACAGAAAAUGAAUGCAAACAUGGCAAGUUGGAAAACAGUUUAAUGAUCACUCACCAAAAUGUUUACAAGGACAGACUAUUCCACUACUCCUGCUGUCACCGUGUCCUUCAUGGUAGAGUAUCACAAGUCAAAAGUUUCUGAUUGUUUCAUUUACUUAAAACCAAAUGUAAGAAACAACCUAAGUCAUUGCAACUUCAGGCUUCAAUGUGAAACCGUCAAACCGUCUUGGAAGGGUUUUCUUUCUGAAAGCAGCAUUCCUGUCCAGAAGAUGCUUAAGGUUCAUCAACCUUUCUUCUUCCAACUAUCCAGUAAUAGUUAAAUGCCUCAGAAUGCCCUCAGAGGUCCCAAUAUUUAGUCAAGGCAAGUAUGAAACAGGCUGCAUGCCUUCAAGGUAUAAUGAAUAUGAGAGUUUUGAGGAAGAGAUUAAAGCAUCAUGGAAUCCUUCGAGGACUGAGAUACUAAAGCACCAGUGCAGACAGUCUCAUGCAAUAGAAAGUCUGGAAUGAGUACUUCUUCCUUCAGUACCAGGCCCUUCUAGACUGUGGUUUAGAAGAAGAUGAUUUUUUUGUGCUUCGAGUUGGGAAUUUGCCCCUUCGACUUCAGCCUCCGAACAGCCUCCCUCAUAUGUUUGGGUUGUAGCGGUGGCAUUUCUCCCCACUUCUCACACACAUCCAGUGCUAAACAGAGGGCAAGGAGAGAGUUUCAUUAUCACACAAGAGCUUAUGUAUUACAAUCCUUUUGAGUCCUGUAAUUCUCAUUAACUCUCUUAAGCUUGCUAAAGAAAUAAACCAACACAUUUUCCCUUCUUAAGAGAACGCUAUAAAAUGUAUCAUGUUAGCUUUAGUAUAUCCCACAUCAGGUAUUAUCAUAGGCAACAGUUUAAAACAUAUCUUCUCCUUAAAAGAAUAGGUAUUUCACCAGCUAGAAAUUAGCAAUGGGCAGCAGCCAGGUUCUUUACUUGAUGGACAGGGGGCAGUUCCCAGGGAUCAUAACAUCAGGGACAACUACUCACCAUACCACACUGGUCAGCCCCAGUGACUGCUUUUUUUUGUACCUUUACUUUUGGCAGCAGAAAUGAGCAAAAUCCAUUGGAGGAAAAUACAGAGUCUGCUUCUGUCACCCUGGGCUGAGGACAGGAAUCAGGAGGGCAGAUUUCCUAGGUGUUUCCAGGCCUUCCAGUAUUGAAAUUUUCAAGGAAUAAUGUUCAUGCUCUCCUGAAUGCAAGGCUCCCUUUAUAGUGUAAACGGAAACCACCACUGGUGCCUUAAUAAGUCCCUCACUAUAGAUAUUCUUGGAAAUAAGACCACCACAGGCUCAAUCCAGUAUUUAGACCAACACCACUCACCUUCUUCUACCACCUCCCCGACGAAAACUUUGGAAAUACCAGACAUAGCAAUAACAACAUUCUGAGACACAGAGGUACCAGUGAUGGACUGGAUCAGCUUGAAAGAAGGACAAAAGACUGUGAUUAAGGUAGUCAAGGACUGGCUUUGGAACAUAGUACCCAUAAGAGCUCUGCACUGAAAGAGUUCACUAAAGGCUGGAUCUGAAAUUGACACCAGUAAAACAAAAGGAUUCAGGUGUAUAAUGGCCUAUUCUAUUUGUUGAGACCCUAUCCCUAGAAUACAAAAUUACAACUGGUCAGAUUACUGAGGGGCAUGCUAUUUUUAUUUUCCUGCCUAAAUGUUCCACCAACUUGCCUAACACCUCACUUCAAAAUGCCAAUGGAUACAGCUCUUGAGUCUCAUUCAGUUCUCAUAGCUCAUGGAAAUGAGUGUGGUAGUCCAUCCUUACCCUUUUAAUGGCUGCCUUAGGGAAAGCUGACCGGCGAUACAUUUCAUAACGGUUCAGCUGCUCCUCAGAAAAAGAAGAAACCAGGAUUCUAGACAAAGAUUCAGGUAAUUAAGUUCACUUAUAAGAAUGAAUACUUAAGAUGUAUAUUAUUAUGUCAAUAAAAGCAAGUCUCAGAUAUUUAAAAAAUAAAUUUUUCAAGGGAUCAAUAGUAUUAGGCUUAGUGUUUAUGAGGAAUGAAGAGAAAGCAUCUCUACUCUUACGGAACUUGACAAUAAGUGAAAUACGAGUUCCUUUCUUACUUCACUAAGAACAAAAACAACAACGUUGGGUCAUUGAAUCACACUAUACAGGUUAUGUUUUCAGCAUUAGGCUCUCUCUCCCCAUAAGGCUACGCUUCACAUUAAAGAUAAAAAUUUAAUAUGUAAAUUUAUAUUCAAACCAGUAGUUUCCAACAUUAACAGAUUAAGGGGAAAUUUUAUAAAAUAUAUGGAAAAGGGUUAAUAAUCUUAAUAUAUAGUUAAAUUUUCAAAUAAAUUAAAAGAUGGCCAUACCAAUUUUAGAAAAUGAGCAAAGGAAGUGAAUAGGAAAUUUAUAAUAUACCAAUGGCCAAUAUAUAGAGAGGAAAAAAAUUAAGCUUCAGUAUUAACUAAAGAAAUUAAAAUGAUGAACUAAAGAAAGAUUAACAUUUUUCAUAAAACAGAUAAAGAAGUAUUAAAAAGCAUGGUAUUAGUGAGGAUGGGAGGACACAAACUCAUACAUGCUGGUAGACUGUGAGGUGGAACAAUCUUUUUGGAGAAUCUGGAAAUACAAAUGAAAAACCUUUGAAAAUGUUCAUACUGUUUAAACUACCAAUUACCUUCUAGGAGUUUAUUUUAGGAAGUAAAUGGACAAGUAUGCAAAGAUGUGCUCAAAGAUGUUGAUCAUAAUGUUGUCAAAAGAGAAAAAAAAAAACCAGAACUACAGAAAUAGAUUACAUCAUAGUUCAUCCACAUAAUGGAAUACAAUGCAGCCAUUAAAAAUGAUGAUUUAUGGGCAUAUUUACUGACAUGAAAAUAUUUAGCUAUAUACUGACAUAUCAAACAUUAAAGAAUAUAUCUGAAAAGGUAUAUACCCAAAUAUAUACCCUGGGUAAACUCUGGGUGGUGGAAUUAUAAGUAAUUAUUUUUUCUAUUUUUCUGUAUUUUCUGAAUUAUUUGUAAUGAACCCAUACCAUUUUUACUAUCAGAAAACAUAAUGAAUCUAUUUCCAUUUUGAAGAAAAUUAUGACCUAGAUGUAUAAUUAAUGACAUGGAAAACAUUUACCAUAUAUAAUGUGGAAAACAGGUUACAAACAGUCUUUAACAUCUUUGGAAUUUUUAAUUUAAUUUAUAGAUUUAUAUGUAUAAAGAAAAUAUCUUGGUGAAUAUACAUCAAAAUAUUAACAGUGUUUAUUUUGGUGGUAUGGUGAUAUUUUUCUUUUUACUUAUAUUUUCUAUACCAUAACAUAAUAAAAUAUUAAGUGCUUUAUUUUCUUUUGAG